CCGGCUGCCGAGUGGCGUGAGUUGGAGUCCGGGCUGUGCAUGGGGUUCCCGGUGGCAGCGAGCAGCGGUAUCUCCCUCAAGCGUCUUGCGCGCCGUCGAGCGCCGGCCUCGCCAUGAGUUUCCCGCGACCGCUGCGCAGAGCUGUCAGCUUGACCCCCGCGCGGACUCUCCGACUGGUGGUGCUGGGACAGGGCGCCGUGGGCAAAACAGCAUUGACAGUAAGAUUCAUCACCAAGCGAUUUAUUGGUGAUUAUGACCCUACUCUAGAGAUGAUUUACAGGCACACAGCAAUCAUAGACGGAGACAUGGUUCAUUUUGAAAUUCUUGACACAGCAGGGCAGGAAGAAGAUUCUCUCCAAAUUGAAGAAAAGAUAAAGUGGGGAGAUGGAUUUGCUGUAGUUUAUUCUGUCACUGACAGGUGUAGCUUUGAUGAGGUGAUGAGGCUGUGCUUUCUCAUCAACCAUAUCCAUUCAAGCCCAAAGCGGAACAGUGGCAGCGGAGAACCACCAGUUGUGAUUGUUGGAAACAAGAAGGACCUGCAGUUUGACCGAAUGGUAACCUUUGAAGAUGGAGAAAAUCUCUCCAAGGCUCUGAAGCAUCCUUUCUAUGAGAUCUCUACCAGGGACAGCUAUGAAGAGACUGUUGUGGUCUUCAACACCUUAUAUGGUGAGCUGAUGAAGCAAGGGCAUUUUUCCCCAGGGUCCUUCAAGAGGCGCGCAUCAUCUAAGUUAAUGGAAAAAAUUCCCAAAAUUCAUGCCAAUUCAAGUCUAACUUCAGCAGGCAGGAGUCUCAGCUUCAAUUCAUUCAGGGACUACAUCCCAGAGUGAACAUUUGUCUAAACCGCUGUACAGCGAUAUUCAAAGCACACAGAGCCAGUUCAGGAUAACAAGGAAGAGGCUGCAGAAUUGCUAGCGCAAAGGGCAAGAGGCCUGCACAUUUUUAGGAAAGCUUUUUUAAAAAAAAAAUCCAUCAAAAUUGGAGUCUCUGAGUUUGAUUCUUAGCUGAUAGCACAAGGCUAUGUAAGGCAACAGAACAACCAUUCCACAAUCCCUUCCCCAUGAAUUUGUUCUCUUUCAUUUAAAAAUAAUUGAAGCCAGUAGCUGUCUUAAUGGCAGAGACUUCUAAAAGUAAGUGAGUUGUAGCCUGUUCUCCUGUAGAGUCUUUUAAAUUUGGAUUUAAGAGCACUAUAAAGCUCCAUUGGGUUGGGGCCUUUUUAUUUUCUCUUCAACAAGAAAAACAGUAAAACUAAAUGUCUUUGCAAAUUCAGGUGCUGAAUUCAACACCUGGUUGAGCCUUGUUAAGUGUUGAGUUCUCCUUAAUGUGGUUUACAACAGUGGUUUACAAGGUCUUAAAUAUAUUGUUAUCUCUUUGGUUCUUAACUACUGUUCUGUCUUUUCCGACAAGCAUAACGUGUGUGCAUCUUUUACAGACUGAUUAAGACCAUUGUUAUCAUUUCUUUUUGAUGGAUGCUGUAAAAACUACCCUUAAUGUAGUCAAAUACACUUAGCCCGCUGAAAAUGUUUGCUUGAUCUAUAGGCUUGGGUAAAAGGGUGCUUUAUUUGUGUAAGAAGAUCAGACUUCAUGGCCAGAGGGAAGAGAUGAAUUCAGGGAAUUGGGCAAAUUUACAGUACCUUACACCUUAGUAUUUAAAAGCCCAUUAAGUCUACUGCCAGGAAAUUCCAGAUACUUUUAACAGAAUAAUUUUAAUUCAGAUAAUUCAGAUAGUGUGGAUAAUAGGAGCCAAGGAUGUGUUCACCUGCCUCCUCACUUUUCAGAUUUUGCUUGAAAAUGUGCAUAUAUGAAGCUGCCUCAUGGGAAGUUCCUUCUAGCCCAGAGGUUCCCAAUCUUUUUCGCCCGCGGCUCCCCCGGAAAUCCGACCUGCAACUGCGCAUGCGCACCAGACGCGCCCGCGGCUCCCCCGGAAAUCCGACCUGCAACUGCGCAUCAGCGCCGGACCCAGUGGGCGCAGAUAUUCCGCGGCGCCCCCAUGACGAUAGCGCGGCUCCCUGGGGAGCCGCGGCUCACAGUUUGGGAAUCACUGUUCUAGCCUAUGAGUUUCUAUUUGGACAGAUAGGAACUUUUUAACAUCUCAGCUUCACUGCUCCUUGAGAUGCUUUAGCAAAUAAAAUGUUCCUUAUUUAAAGAAAAAUAACUGGAGAAAUGCUUGAAGCAUAUAUGGUUUCCCACAGAUCUACUGCCCCUCUUCAAGCUAUCCCCCACCCCCCUGGGAGCUUCAUCUACUAGGCCAAUAUAUUGCUCAGACUCCCAGGCACCUGUUGUUCUGGAAGGAGAGAUGACAGAUUAGUUGGUUCAGUUUUUUCCCUAAGGCUCCUACAUGGCUUCUUUGCAUUGGAAAACUAUUUAAAUAGCCGCCUGCUCACUUCUACUACUUACUUCUUUACAGUGGUUUGUGUGGCUUCUUUGCAAUGCAACACACAGAAACAAAAGGUCUUAUGUCUUAAACAUGCAGAUAUUUUACAUACACCUUGAAGGAUGCUCUGUAUUUCUAGAAAUAAUAAAUAUGUCUGUACUAAUUUCUCUGGCUCAUGAUUACUAUCCACUCCAGCUAAUUGUCAAGUUAGAGACAGAAGUUUUGUGUAUAUUUUUGCUUUGACACCGUGUGGCUUUACAGUUACAAUUUGCAUUGUAGAAUUGUUACACUUACUAUUACUAAAAUCUCUACAUAUGGAGAAAGAAUAUGAUAUGUAUUUUUACAUACACACUUUGGGAAUGUUACGGAGAUCAUGAAAAGAGAGUGAAAAUGUGAUAAAUCAACAAAUGAGAAAUUAAGUAAAACAGCCAUAUCAAAAUAGUAGUUAGAUGCCAGAAUUCUCUGCUGUUCAGUAUAUAUUCCAGCACCCAGAUUCUUAAAAACAACUAGCUAAUAUGCACAACUUUUUAUUAUGAUCAAAGGUUCACUGCCUCCAUUCUAAGAUAUGUCCACAAUAGCAUAGAAACUGUGGAUAACAACAUCACAACAUGCAUUUUGUGAGACUGCACAUUUCAGAGAUUCUUGAAUGGUUCCCAUUAAAAAUAUUUCCAUGUAUGAGUGAAAGAAUCUUCCAGUUCCAGAUAUUUUCCAUUGCAGUCAUGCCAUUCGUGCUAAUCCUUGGGUGCUUCAAUGGGAAUAAGGAAAUGUCAUAUGCUAGCAAACCAUCCUGCUGCUGACAUAAAGAAGGAAAAGAAUGGAUGCUUUUGUUAUCAUGUCUAGGAGCUCUCAGUUAAUAGUCUGAUUUAAAAGCAUCUGGUGGGUUCCCAAAAGUGGCCCUUCUUUAUUGCAAUGGCUGUCCUCUGGAACAGAGGUCUCCAAUCUUGGC